UUAUUGUGGAUGUUAUUAGAAAUUCCAUUAGCAGAUAAUGAUGCACAAUUUGUAAUAAUAACUUCACAUUUUAAUGUUAAUUGUUUGACAAAGAAACAAGAAAAAAAAAACAGAAUCAAGAUAAACAAUGUCAACCUUAACCGUACCUCCAGUGUUACCAUCCCCUCGUGAGGAUGCUAAAAAGCUUCACAAAGCUUUCAAAGGUCUUGGGUGUGACACAAGAAGGGUUAUUCAAAUCCUUGCUCACAGGAAUUCAGAACAACGCAGCCUAAUUCAACAAGAGUAUGAAACUACCUAUUCUGAACCACUUUCCAAACGAAUAUCUUCAGAGCUUCACGGUCAUCUCAAGAAAGCACUGAAACUUUGGCUGCAUGAUCCAGCAACAAGAGAUGCUAUCAUAGUAAGGAGUGCCUUAACAGCACCAGUUGUUGAUAAUCAAGCUAUUACAGAAAUAAUAUGUUCUCGUACACCAUCACAAUUAAGAAGAAUGAAAGAACUUUACCUCUCAACUUAUCAUUCCCCUAUUGAACAUGACAUUGAAAACCAAACAAGUGGUGAUCACAAGAAGUUGUUGGUUGCAUAUGUAAGUACACCACGUUAUGAAGGGCAUGAAAUGGAUCCAGUAAUAGUAGAAGAAGACGCCAAAAAACUAUACAAAUCAGGGGAGAAGAGAAUAGGAACUGAUGAGAAAACUUUCAUAAGGAUUUUUAGUGAAAGAAGCAGCCCACAUUUAGCUGCAGUUAGCUCUGCAUACUAUGCUUCAUUUGGAAACUCACUAGAAAAGGCAAUAAAGAAUGAAACAUCUGGCUCUUUUAUGAGUGGCCUAUUGACCAUAUUAAGAUGUGCUACUAACUCUUCCAUGUACUUUGCAAAGCUUUUACGGAAAGCAAUGAAGGGUAUUGGAACUAAUGACAGUAGAUUAAUAAGGAUAAUUGUGACAAGGACUGAGAUUGACAUGCAACAUAUAAAAGCAGCAUAUUAUAGUAAAUAUGGAAAACCAUUAACACAUGCUGUUCGUUCAGACACUUCAGGACAUUAUGAAGACUUUCUUUUGCAUCUCUUAGGUACUGAUUAUUAAUUAUUAAUUAUUAGUAGUUCAUUACACUAACCAGGCUCCUCUCUAUGUGUAAUUAUUAUAUGAUCAUGUUCAAUUAAGAGAAUUCCAAACUCUUUACAUAAAUAGAUGUUCAUUUUUGCUAGCUCAA